GCUUUGCUGCUUUGCACUAGCUUUGGGGCCGGACGACUCAGGGGUUGGCAAUGUGCUACGGAGCCUUUCACUGCGACAUCGCGGGUUCAAAUCCAGGCUGGGCUGGUAAAUGCGGAUGCCCAGGUUCUGAAUCAUGCUGGAUCCAAGACAGCAUUCAGCGAGCUCAACCCCUUCACCGAGAUAGCCAUGAACAGCUGCAAGUACAAUGGAGGCGUAGUCCGACCCCUGAGCACCUCCCAGCACAACCUCCACGAACUGGGAGCCGAGACCCAGCCCCUGCAGACCCUCCACAGCUCGGGUCUGGAGGUGGUGGUCUCCAAAACCGAGCAGGCCAAGGAUACGAACUUGCAGGCGGAAGAGGAGGCGGCGGCGCGCUCCCGGAGCCAGAAGAAGAACCAGAACGUCGGGUACCGGCUGGGCCACCGGCGGGCGCUCUUCGAGAAGCGCAAACGCCUGAGCGACUACGCCUUGAUUUUCGGGAUGUUCGGCAUCGUCGUCAUGGUGACGGAGACGGAGCUCUCCUGGGGCGUCUACACCAAGGAAUCUUCAUAUUCAUUUGCACUGAAAUGCCUUAUCAGCCUUUCAACCAUGAUACUUCUGGGCCUCAUCAUCAUGUACCAUGCCAGAGAAAUCCAGCUCUUCAUGGUGGACAACGGGGCGGACGACUGGAGAAUAGCCAUGACCUACAAGCGGAUCCUUUUCAUCAGCCUGGAGCUGAUUGUGUGCGCCAUCCACCCCAUCCCAGGCCAGUACCUCUUCACCUGGACGGCCCGACUAGCCUUCACCUACACCACCUCAGUGGCCAAUGCCGAUGUGGACAUCAUCCUCUCCAUCCCCAUGUUCCUGCGGCUCUACUUGAUCGGGCGCGUCAUGCUGCUGCACAGCAAACUCUUCACCGACGCCUCCUCCCGCAGCAUCGGCGCCCUCAACAAGAUCAACUUUAACACCCGCUUCAUCAUGAAAACCCUCAUGACCAUCUGCCCCGGCACCGUGCUGCUGGUCUUCAGCAUCUCCUCCUGGAUCAUUGCCGCCUGGACGGUCCGCGUGUGCGAGAGGUAUCACGACAAACAGGAAGUGACCAGCAAUUUUCUGGGAGCAAUGUGGUUAAUUUCAAUCACGUUUCUCUCCAUCGGCUAUGGCGACAUGGUGCCGCACACGUAUUGCGGGAAGGGGGUGUGCCUGCUCACUGGAAUCAUGGGUGCUGGGUGUACGGCCCUGGUUGUCGCUGUGGUGGCCCGGAAGCUGGAACUCACCAAAGCUGAAAAACACGUGCACAAUUUUAUGAUGGACACACAGUUAACAAAGCGGGUGAAAAAUGCUGCUGCCAACGUACUCAGGGAAACUUGGCUCAUCUACAAACACACCAAGCUGGUGAAGAAGAUUGACCAUGCCAAAGUUCGGAAACACCAGCGUAAGUUCCUCCAAGCCAUCCAUCAAUUGAGGAGUGUGAAAAUGGAGCAACGGAAACUGAAUGACCAGGCAAACACCCUGGUGGAUUUGGCAAAGACCCAGAACGUCAUGUACGACAUGAUCUCCGAGCUCCAAGAGCGCAAUGAGGACCUGGAGAAACGCAUCAGCACCCUGGAGAGCAAGAUCGACUCGCUGGGCCUCAGCCUGCAUGCCCUGCCGGGACUCAUCAGCCAAGCCAUAAGCCAGCAGCAGCGAGAGCUGGCCAAGCGCUGCGCCCCCAGGUUCUGCCCCAUCUCCAACAGCUCAGAGAGGUCCUCGUGGACGCCCACGCGCCGGCAGAAGUCUCCUUCCACCACUCCCCACACCUCGUCGGACAGCGGGUGACACCAGGGGGCGGGCCUGGCGCUCAGGCCCGUUUAUGUCUGGCCAUUGUGUGGCUGAUCCUGUUUGCUUUGUUCUGUAAAGCCCUGUACAGUUAAACUCCUGGAGUUCAUCGUGCUGGAGUGAAGUUAGAGCUGCCAUAUGGGCCUGGGGUGGGUCAGGGCUGCCUUUAGCGUGAGGAGGAGGGGCAGGGUGGAGAGAGGCGGGCGGCAGGGAAUCCGAAGUAGCGCCCGGUGCCCCAAUGCUCAUGAGUGGAGGCAAGGCACCGCUCUAGGUCAUCAUGACAAUGGGCUGUACAGAAGCAGCAUGGUUUAGUGGUUAGGGCAAAGGGCUGGGAGGCAGGACUCCUGGGUUCUUUAGGAAGCUUUGGGAAGUAGAGGAGGGGUUGAGUGGUGGCAGAAAGGGGAUCUGGGAACCAGAACACCUGGGUUCUGUUGGGAGCCAGGAAUCCUAGGGUCUAGUUCUGGCUCUGGGA